AUGUGUUGUAGAGGCGUUACUGGUAUACUACGAGCCAAGUUCACAGCGUUCUGUAAGCAAUGCACGCUGCACGGCUUCUGCUAUCUGUCGGUGGGGGUUCAUCGCACGGUUUGGGGCUUUGUCAUCGUCGCCAGCCUGUGUCUGUGCGCCACCCUCGGCGCCAUGAUUUGGAACAAAUUUGUCGAAGAUCCCACCUUCACUGUGGUGGAGUCGGCGCACUACCCGACAGAAAACAUCCCCUUCGCUGCUGUGGCGGUCUGCGACGCUCAUAUUUACGGCCCUGCUACUUCCAACGUCUCAAACAUAUUAACACUGCGCGGAUUCAACACUACUCAAAUACAAAAUUUCUACUCGAGUUUCACUAGAAUCAAGAGCAAGAAGUACUCACCUGAAGCUCAUGUACUGCAGAUUCACAGCGUCCUGGAAGAUUUGGGAUUUACAUACUACGAUUUAACACAUCAGUUCCGAAAGCCUUGCGAGGAGCUGAUAAAAGAGUGUUCUUGGAGGGAGAUGCCUCUCAACUGCACAAUGAUGUUUAGAGAGGUUUUCACUUAUUAUGGACAUUGUUGUCAGUUUGACAUGGAAUAUUUUAAGAAAUUCGCCGAAAACGAGACCAAUCUCACGGCUGGAGUAGACAAGUCCGAAGCUCUGGACAUAAUUGUGGACAGCAAGCGAGUUCUUCCUAACGGAGCUGUCCAAAACGGAUACGUUGAGCUAUUCGUCUUCGACCAGAACCACAGGCUGACCUUUCUUGACGGCCCUAUAAAUCUGACACCGGCGACGUACUUCGACGUCACAGUGGAGUUGUGGGUCAUCGAGGCCUCUUCGGACGUGAGACGUCUCAGUCUUCGCAGCAGAAAGUGUUUUCUUGACUCGGAUGAAGUAAAUAUAGACUCUUAUCAAAGUUGCAUAAGUCGUUGGGUGAUGAAGGAAAUCGUCGCUAAAUGCCGUUGUCUGCCCUUCGACUAUGGGGAUAAAGUGCAAGGCGCUAUCCGGAGCAUUUUGACGGAGCGUGAAUGUUACCAGAAAUGCGAUUAUGUGCAAUACGAGACGGAAGUUGAGUACACGAGACCACAAAGGCGACGCGGAGUGGAGUCUCGCAACACAGAGAAUAGAGGCCUGAGCCGCGUCGCCGUGCAUUACGCCAACAACAUAUGCAUUAAAUAUAGACGAGAGGUGCUCUACACCUGGGAUCAAAUGCUGGGUCAGUGCCGACCGCUUAAAUCAUCCCGCUGA